CUUGUCUCAAAAAAAAAAAGAAAAGAAAAAAAAGAGACUCCUUCCCAGCCCGCUGACUGUCUCCCUAGCCCCGACCCGCCGCCGCUGCCGCCGCCGCCUCCCUCCUCCCGCCCCGCGCCGCUCUCCACCUCCUCCCGGCUCCCAUCCACCGAAAGCCGCCGCCGCCGCUUCUCCUUCACAUCGCCGCCUUGCCCCUGUACGACGCCGGCCGCCUCCCUAAUCGCGAACGGCGGGGAGGAGACGAGGCGCGGCGGAAUUCCGCACCGGAGUAGAGCGGACCGUCUCCUCGCAGCUCCCCCGCCCACGCUGCCGCUUGUGAGGUGAUAGCACCCCCGCCCCGUCUACCGUGUCACCGCAACCUGCCGCCCAUGGCCGGGGAAGACGGCAAGGUGGAUCAUCCACGCCGCAGCGGGCGCCUGAAGGCUCAAACUCGCGCGGAUCAGGAGCACGGUGCUGAGGACACCAGCGAGGUGGACUGCUCGCGCCGCCGCUGUCUCAGGCCUCAGUCUUCCUCGGGCCAGGAGGUCGAUGGCGAGGCGGACCACCCGCGCUACAAUUUACGCCUCAGGAGCCACUGUGCUGUGAGCAAGGAAGGCAAGGAUCAUAACAGGGUGAAAAAGCCAAAGCAUGAGUUUUUUCUCUAUAUUGAUUACUAUAGGGAGAAGGAGAAGGCAAACGGAAGAAAGUUAAACGCUCGAGAUGCAAGUAAACAGGCUAAGUGGAUGUGGAAAAAGAUGAGUGAUGCUGACAAAGCCCCCUACAAGGCAGAGGCUAUAAGACUAAGUGCAGAAUACAAAGAAAAAAAAGGGAAGGAUGAACUGCUCUUCACCAGAAGUGGUCUCCACGCCCCCACCGGUGAAUGACACGGCUUCAGAGGUGAUCGCCACGCCUCCAGCGGUGAAUGGCACGCCACCAGCUGUGAAUGGCACACCUCUACAGGUGAUCGUCAUGCCACCAGCUGUGAAUGACACGCCACCAGCUGUGAAUGGCACGCCACCAGCUGUGAAUGGCACACCUCUACAGGUGCCCAACUUCAGUGACCCGUCUUGGCUUCAGGAUCUUCCAGCACCUCCACAGGAGCCAGUAUUCAGCUUUAGCGGAAGUUCAAUGGACCCGGUGUCUAUGUAUGUUUCAACUGGGCCGGAAGCAUCAAGCGAUUCGAAGUCUUUGUUUAAGAAAGGAAAAGGUGAUGGCGUGCGGCCUUCGCCCCCGUCGGUGAACAGGCCAGCUGUGAGGUAUCUGCAAAUUAAAGCUCACAUUAUUGUUUACAGUUGUGUUUGUGCCAACAAUUUGACCGAUGUUGCUCCAAACUGUGAUGCAGGCGAGGUAGCAAGUAGAAAAGGGAGCAAGACAAAACUUGUGUUACCUUGUGGACGCUGCACGUCAUGGCAGCCAGACAGCGUGCGAUUGAGCUCCACUACUCCAGUUGAGAUCAGCUUGUAGAGUUUCACAUUCUUCGGUUCAGCUUGUAGACUUUUUUUUCUUUUCUUUUCUUGAGUGCAAAUGUUAAGGGUCCGUAGGAACAAUUUUGUACAAGUUUUCUGCUAGCAAAUGUACAGGGCUACGUAAUUUGUUUAGUAAUCGUAAAUUGCUAGCAAAAGUUGUUGUCCUGAA